AACCAAUGAAAACCAGCAGAGCAUGACGACGCUUGAGUGUAUGUGCAGCUAUGAAGAGAAUCCGCAAAAACAUAGCACCAAGGCACACAAAUCAAGAAAUUAGUAUCAGAAGUUUGAAUCAGAUGGAUAAAAAUGCGUUGGAAGUAUACAGUAUCACUACUGGUAUUGACAUUUAUUUCGGUUCAAGGAGACAAGAAGGACCAUAGCGCAGAUCCCAACAACAAUGCCAGCGGAAAAAGGGAACCAACGGAAACAAACGGUAAAAAACAUAGAAAUGAAAGCAAGCAUGAAGUUUACAAUGGAAGUAAUCAAAACAUAGAAAAGGAAGAUGAAUGGACUAAAGAAGUAAUGAAAGUAACAUCGAAUGAUAAGAAAGCAAUUAAGGAUGAAUUGAAAAAGGUAAAGCCGAUUCCAAAAAUGACAAAAAUGGAAGCAAAUAUUGCGAAAAAUGCAGAAAAACAGAAAGGAAACGAAAAUUCUAAAGAAGUCACAGGCAGUAAAACUGGGAAGAUAAGAAAGAAAACUCAGGCAUCAAGAUCAGUUAUAGUGGACGAACUUGAGAAGAAGAGACCGACAGAAAGCUGGUUAAUCAAAGUGACAGAUGGCAAAAAGAAAACUAUGGUAAAGAAGGCAGAAGGGCCUACCGGAUCCGUGAAAAAGAAAUUCGCUCUCACAAAACCUUCUACGCCAACAUAUUCAAGUCUGAAGCCAACAACGAUAAAAGAAACAUUCCCCACAACUGUUUCGCACAACUUAACAGGGACCCCGAGCAAUGGGCCAACUACGGAAGCUGUUAGUACGCCUCUUCCGCAGAACGAGGCUUCUAGCGCGUCACCUCCGUUGAACGAAUCUGACGUAUCUGGGUCUGGCUCAACCGCAACAACAGAGCGGCCUACAAAUACGGCAAUUAAAAAGCAUGACCCUUUGGCAGGAGGACAUUCCAAACUAACAAAGGCGACAAGUUCAGGAAUGGACCUUUCAAAAGUAUCCAAAGCAACCAACGACGAUGAUGGUGAGGAUGAGAAUAGUAGCGGAGACGAAGACGAGGCUGAGAACGAGCGAAACGACAAUGAAAAAGCCGAAGCGCGAAAUGUAAAGGACGAGGAGAAACGAAUUUUAUGUGUAGGGGAUUCGAUAACUGAAGGGUACUAUAGCGGUGGCAAAGCCUUUCAUCCUUACACUAAAAAGCUGUCUGAGUUGUUAAAUGCAGAGAAAAAUCACGUGGUAUACAAUGUUUACAAUGAAGGAAAAAGCGGAGAAUGUGUGGAACCUGAAAUGACUAAUCGAAUGCCUUCGCUUAUACAAAAAUACAAACCAGUUGAUUUAGCAAUAAUAAUAGGUGGAACAAAUGAUUUUACCAACCAUAACUGCACCGAAGGGAACUUAUUUCAUGGUAUUAAAAAGUUGCAUGACAUGGCGCAUGAAGCGGGUUUAAAAACAGUGGCAGUAACGAUACCAGACUCGAAUGCACCGCGCUUGCCGGGAAGGAGUGAGAAAGAGGACGUUUGGGAGUCGGUAAAUGAUAAGAUAAAGGACUAUGCGAAGGAGCAUGAUGAUGUUAUCUUAUGCGACCUAGCGGAAGAGUUGCCAUACAGGACGCUUACGGACGAUGAGCGAAAGAAAUAUUGGGAUGACGACCUGCAUUACAAUCCAGCAGGAUACGAUCGGAUGGCGGAAGUCAUUUAUGACGUCAUUCAGGGCAAUUUCUAGG